AAAAGACAAGAGCAAGAGAGAGAGAGAGAGAGAGAGAGAGAGCGAGUCAAAUACUGCAUAGGUCAUCGAAAUACUUUACAGAGGUCUACUUUUAAGCAACAACAGACGAAGACUUGGCCAAGUAAAACCAACCAACUCUCGAAUUUCGAUUUUCCAUACAGCAAAGUUAAAAGCCUUCCUGUGAAUCAAAUCAUCAAAUAUUGCUACCCUUUUGAGAUCUUUUCCCAUCGAAGAUCUCAUCUUUUUUUUUUUUCUGUCUUCUGCUCGCUUUUUUAUUUGGAAGCACCUGAGAGGUCAGAGUGGGGGCUAUAAUAGCAGUGAAGUAUUCACAGUAGAUCUGGCUCUGGCAACAAAGAUUGAUUCGUUUCGUCGUGGCCCUUGGGAGUUGCUCGAGUUCUUAGUUGUUUGUAAGAACAAGAAGAAAAAUUAAAAAAAAAAAAAAAGAAAAAAUGAAAUCUUGAGGGAUUUUUGGAGUUUAGCUUGUGGGCUGCUCGCUGUAAUACAGUAGACAGACGUUUGUGUUUAUUCUUGGAGUUUUUUUUUUUUUUUUCUGGAAUUGAAAUGGGGAUCUGCUUGAGUAACCAGAUUAAGGCUGAAAGCCCUUCGAUUACUGGUACAGGUGUGACUUCGGGUAAAAUGGCGAGUGGAGAGGGGUCGGAAUUUAGUAAUUCCAGCAACAAGGCAUCUUCAGCUUCGACACCUGCAGCUCCUCGAAGUGAAGGCGAAAUCUUGCAGUCAUCCAAUUUGAAAAGCUUCACGUUCAGUGAACUCAAAUCAGCAACCAGAAACUUUCGCCCCGACAGUGUCUUAGGAGAAGGAGGUUUUGGUUCUGUCUUCAAAGGAUGGAUCGACGAGCAUUCACUCGCAGCAUCGAGGCCCGGUUCGAGCAUGGUUGUUGCUGUUAAAAGGCUUAACCAAGAGGGUUGGCAGGGACACAAAGAGUGGCUGGCUGAAAUCAUCUAUUUAGGCCAGCUGCGACACCCGAAUCUUGUGAAAUUAAUCGGCUAUUGUUUGGAGGACGAUCACAGACUCUUGGUAUAUGAAUUCAUGCCAAAGGGCAGCAUGGAAAAUCAUCUUUUCAGAAGAGGAUCAUAUUUCCAACCCCUUUCGUGGAGUCUAAGGAUGAAAAUUGCUCUUGGUGCUGCUAAAGGUCUCGCCUUUCUUCACAAUGCCGAGACCCAAGUGAUAUACAGGGACUUCAAGACUUCUAACAUCCUUCUUGAUUCAAGCUACAAUGCCAAGCUUUCCGAUUUUGGGAUGGCUAGAGACGGGCCUACUGGAGAUAAGAGCCAUGUCUCGACGCGGGUCAUGGGCACUUACGGCUAUGCAGCUCCCGAGUAUUUAUCCACAGGUCAUUUAACUUCCAAGAGCGACGUAUAUAGCUUUGGGGUCGUGCUUCUCGAGAUAUUAACGGGUAAGAAAGCAAUCGACAAGAACCGGCCGAGAGGGGAGCACAAUCUAGUUGAGUGGGCGAAACCUUACCUGACGAACAAACGAAGGAUCUUUCAUGUUUUGGAUGCGCGGCUCGAAGGGCAGUAUUCGUUGAGCCAAGCUGCAAAGGUGGCUAAUCUUGCGAUGCAGUGCCUGUGCGUUGACGCUCGGACGAGGCCGAAUAUGGUAGGAGUGGUGGCAGCUUUAGAGCAGCUCCAGGACUUGAAGGACUUGUCGAAAACCGAUGGAAGGGAUCAUCGUCAGGGAUCGAACGGCGGCGGGCUGAGGCCGUGCAAGAGCAGUUCUGAAGAAACGCGCACGGCGCCGCGUGUGGCUUAUCCGCGGCCGUCUGCUUCGGUUCGAUACGGUUAAUGUUGUUGGGAGUACGAGGAGUAUCUGUUAUUUUGAAGCUUGUACAGUUUGUUUGAUUUUGGGUUUAUGGCGAUGGAUGCUUUUGUAGACUGUAGUAGAGUUUUAUGUAGAAGAAGAAGAAGUGGUUUGUAGUGAUGAUUUAAUUUUGAAGAUGCCACGAAAGGGAAUGUGUUGUAAGAUCUUUGAACUCUCUCUGUUUUCUUACUUAUUCGGGAGAUGUAAUUAAUUUUGGAUAAAGACAUUCUCUAAUGUAUGUUUGAAGAAGGGAAAGAAAUGUAUGGUGUUUUAGGUUAUAUCAUUCA